AUUUUCAGUUAAUAUUGGCUAUUUUUGUGAAAGGAUCAACUGUUAAAACGAAUUUCAAACCAUUCCGACCUUCGAUUUUCGUAACUAGAUACUUAAAUGUUAUUUUGUAAAAUUAUGUUCAUUGUUGAUACACUACUACAGGGGUGGAACGUUUAAAUCAAAAGUUGAUAAGAAAAUAUAUAUUCUCACAUCACAAGAGCUUUAACACGGCACAGUAGUUUAAAUAUCUUAAGGAUUUAUAAAAUUGCAGGAGACAAAAACCGGACAUUUUAGGGUGAAUUAGACAUUACUCUUCACCAGAUUAAGUGAAGCGCAGAGUUUGUUUGUUUUACUCAUUUGUCAUUUCGAAUUGAAUGUUAAAUACAUACAAUACUUGUUAGUUACAAAUGAUUCUAAAGAAAUAUCUGAUUUGUUGGAUAACUUUAAAUUAAACUCGUCUGUUUGUUGAACAAUUAAUCCUUGAAUUAGAAAAGUUUUAAUUCAACAAAUCGUUCGAACGUGAUAUUAUCACAAUGGAAAAAGGAUUGAGUAAGGAAGUGUUGAAGGCACAUAACGCCACAGGGAAGACUGCUGAUCCUAAACACGACGCUGUGUCACAUAAAUCACACGGUACCAGGGAUCGAGCCGGAACCAUGCAGAGCGAAAGUUCAACCGGUACAGGAAAACUCAAAUUAAUGAGACUCAGACACAAAAUUAAACUUUUUGGUGGAUCAUUCUCAAAGAGUGGCUCAGAAUCACAGAUUCAGAAACAGUACGAAAACACGUACCGUCUCGAACCAGACGAUAAAACAAGAUUUUCUACGAAGAAGGCAGAAGAAAUUAUCAGGCAUGUGCUGGAAAAUUACUUGAAAGGAAAGAAAUACGACCCAAAGAAGUUUCCAAAUUUAUGCAAAAGUUUAGCCGAAUUGAUUAAAGAACGCAUAAAGACUUCCGGUUGUCAGCGUUACAAGUUGAUUGCGCAUGUCAUGAUUCUAGAAAAUCAGGGACAGAGCAUGCGGCACGUGAGUCGAUGUCUGUGGAAUAAAGAAAAUGACAAUUACGCCACUGCUACCUUUGAAUCGGGCGAAUUCACAGCUGUCGGUAGUGUUUUCGCUACAUAUUAUGAUUAACUUUGAGAUUAUUAAAAAAUACUUUGGGAUUAUCUAAGAAAUUGAGGAUUAUAAAAAAAAAGACUUUACCGGAAGUGGACAAAAAAGAUUUUGCGCGGAUUCUCGUUGUAUAUGUGUUAGAUACAUGUAUAUACUUUCUUUACUUUUAAAUUAUUAUUGAUUAGUAAUUAGAAAUUGAACUCGUUUACAAUUGUUAAAACAAUGUUGUGUGUACCACUUUUAUUUUAUCCAAACAAUGCUAUCAGAGCUUAAAUUACGUAUAUUGACUUGAUAACACCGAUAGUUCACAUGAAAGUUGUAAAAGUAUUUGUUGAAUUGUCGUGAAAGGCCCAUAAAGUCUUACUUUUCUAAUUUACACUUAUAAAUCACAUAUCAGUACAAAUAAACUGCAUUUUAAAUCAAAAUAA